CGCGAACACUGGCAGCCAUGGUAACCGCCAGACGCUAAGCUAGGAAGGAACAUGGCGCGGUACUAGGUGCUAACAUAAAUAGCAUGUUAAUUCACUGUGUUUUUGACCAGUGCCCUACUAGACUCACUUCAUUACGGAAGCGGUUAGAUGACUAAGGGAUAAUUUGUGCUUGCUUAGCAUUUUAUUGUCGGUUUGCCCACGCUGAUCCUCCGAGGGCUUUCCGUCGGUUUAGCAUCUUUGCUAUCUGGAAGACUGAGCUGUUUAUACCUCCAGCACACUUAUGGCUUUCUAUGAGGUGUACUCUCACCCGGCUUUGAUUCGGUACAAAACGAGCGUGUGCACGAAAGCCACGCUGUUCCUGGUUGUGGUUCUGUGCCUCACCUACAUCCCGCCUCUGCUGGUUGCUUACAGGAGCCAAGGUUUUUGGAUAAAAAGGAGCACUUAUGAGGAACAGCCAGUUGUGAGAUUCCAGUAUCAGACUCUGCUUGUUGCAGCAACCAGUACUAGGGGAGAAUAUGUCGCCUGGAGCACCUUCCCCCAACUUAACAACAUGCUAGGAGCCAACCUCCGGAUUCCUGCUGUCACUGUGAGAGAAGAGGACCAGAACCAGGAUGGGAAACUGGACCUCCUGGUCUUUCAGCUGCAGCUUCCUCUGAAACCCAAUGAGCAGGUGUACAGCAUUCAGCUGCUGCUCACCUUCAGCUACCAGCUCUUUCGGAUGUCCACCGUGGUGAUGCAGAGUCUGGCAUACAUGCAGCACUCCUCUUCUGUCCCCGGAGCUAAGCUGUUCAUCAGCGGAGACCUGAGGCUGCAGCAGAGAACGCCUUUGCCUCACAGGGGGCUCUACAAUAUUUAUAAUGUGUCGGUGAUCGAUGGCUCCAGCCCUUUUGCGAGCGCGUAUGACCUCGAGAAUAUAAUCAGGAGCUACCAGAACAGAAACUUGACCACAGUGCUGUCCUGCCCAAUCCCCGUGUGGACUAUAGGACGAGCUGCUGCUGCUCCCUUUGAGCUUAAAGCUGAAAUCCGCUACCCUGUGGAGGUCAUCAGCUAUCGCCCCGGCUUCUGGGAAACCAUCAAAUUUGCCUGGAUUCAAUAUGUCAGCAUCCUCCUCAUCUUCCUCUGGGUCUUUGAACGCAUCCAGAGAUUUGUUUUCCAGAACCAGGUUCUGACAACUGUCCCAGUCCCAGUGGGAAAACCCCACAUGUCAUGAUGGUAGUGCUUCAACCUCCUUAUGCAGCCUGCCCACAAUCUUCUUUUUCCUUGUUCUUCUUUGAACUUCUUUCUGCUGUUGCCUCUCGUGUGUUAACUCAGGUUUACAGUUAGCAGUAAGUGCUGCCCCAUCAUCGUCCAGAAAACCUGCUUUGGUGAUCUGAAACACAUUCACACAUUAGGACCAGGCAGCAUCCUCGCAACACCAGUACAACCAGCACCCAUGCUGCACAUUCAAUUUUAAAACUGCUUUGAUAUUUGUUAGAAAGCAGAAUCAGUCUGUCUUUUGUUGCACGCAGGAACUUAAAACACAAAAAGUAGUGUCUGAAAGGUUAGACACGUUCAAGGUUCCUUCUUUUGUGCAGAGACAACAGUGCACGUAGCGCUGAUUGACCUGUGCUGGCACAACUCAACAGCUGCCUCUAUACGAUAAAGCGCACUGAAGUUAUACGACUCACAGAUGUCCCGUUAUCUCGAACAUCCAUGGGCGUGGCAGUGUUGAAAACAAACUGUCUGCUGUAGUUAGGAAUUUGUAGUUGGCAGUUUGGAGAUAUUUUUUUGUGAGAAACGGUUAGGAGUUUCUGUAUGAAUGAAAUCCCAUGUAGCAAAUCUUGAAGAUUUUAAAAUUUUAUUUCUUUUUUCUUUACCACCUGAGGAGCAAUGGAGCAACCUCCUCUAAUAAAGCUGAAUAGUUGUUUCUCUGAAAAGUGGAUCUCUUUCUUUCUGCUGCUGCUGUUUUCUAGCAACUGUUUAGGAAAUAUGAGCAGAGUUUGUGCUAUUGUGUGAGUGUAUGUGGCAGAAUCAGUCUUUUGUGUUGUGGCAUAAUGGAUAAUAAAUAUUUUUUACAGUUUUAA